AUGAGAAAUAGUUUAUUUAAUGAGAGAAAAUAUUUGUUGCUGAGAAAGAAGUUAGACGAGCUUCAUUACACUCAGCCACUUUAAAUAGAAAGUGCUGAGUUGGUAGAUAAAUUGCUGAAUGAUUUGCUGAAAACUAGUGAAGGAUUCCAAAAAUUAAAAAAUAAAAAUUAAGAACUUGAAUAAUAAUUAUGCAUAAUUGAGAAAUCUUUAAAUCCUCUAAAGGCAGAAAACUAGAAAUUGAUGAGAGAGAACAACAACCUUUAAUCAGAAAUAAUUUUAUCAAGCGAGAAUGCUUAACAAAAGUACAAUUUAUUAACAGUUAGGCUCAAAUAACUGCAAACUGAGGCAUAGGACCUAAAAUUUGUAUUGUAGAAAUCAGAAGAAAGAUGCUUAAAGCUUUAAGAUGAAAAUUCAGCUCUCAAGAAUAAAUUGGAUACAAUUUCAGCAAAAGUUUAUCUGCCUUCUUGCGAAAAAGGUUUUGAAGAUCUGCCAAAAAGCUACGUUAACUCUAAUUAUAAAAGCUUGACAAAUAUGUCUAUUGCAAGGGAUAAUAGAGAAGGUUUCAAUGUGCUGCCAUAAGAUAACUCAAAUUAAAAGAAUAGCAACUCAUCUAAAGAAUAUGACAUUUAGAGACUAUAAAAUAUAUCAGAUUCAAAGUAAAACUACCAAGAUGGAUAUUCAAAUCUAAUUAGCACAAUUAAAGAAUUGCAAGAACAAUUAAGAAACUGCAAAGAAUAGGUCCAUACUUAAGAAGCUUAAUUAUCUUAUUUGAAGAUGCAAGUAAGCAAUAGAGAUGGCGAAAUAAAUAGAUUAAAAACUAGACUCGAUGUUGGUGGUAUAAAUAUGGUUAAGCUAGUUCAAGAUUACAAUUAUAUGCAGUAAAAUGAUAAAAUAAAAUUACUGAACCAUUAAAUUGAUUAUCUCAAUAAAGAAAAUACAGAAAUGGAUUCUAUUUUAAGAUCUAAGCCAUAUAUAGCCUUAUCAUAAGCAAAUGUAAAGCUUUUAGCAGAGAACUCUUCUUAUCUUGAAAAAUUAAGAAAGACUGAAGAAAUACUUGAAGAAUAUGAAAGAAGGUUUUAAAUUUAACAACAAAGUGCGAAAUAUACAAAAUAAUUAUCUUAAAAUGCUUUAGUCGAUAAUUGA